AAGCUGCCUGCUGCAACAAGCACCUGAGCCCAACUUGAGGAGUUGGAGAGUCGCUUUGACGGCUUCUUUUUGCUCCAGCGCCAAGUCGCAUUUUAAAUGGAGCCUUUGGACACUGGGUGCUAUCAGUGGGGGUUGAAUACAGCUAGCGUUUAGCUAAACUUUAAAGUACGGAGUGACGAGCGUUUGGUUUUCUUUAAGCUUUACGUGACUUUGUAACGAUAGUUAGCGGAGAAGCUAAGUUGGCUAACGGGGAGCGAACCCUGUUGGACCGCCGCUGAUGGUUACACGAGUGACGCUAAACAGCUAACCUAGGCUAGUUAGCAGCGAAGUAAAACAACGUGGACUAGUUAACCUAGCUGGUUAGCUGCAUUACACAAGUAGCAACUUUGGCAGCUCCUUUUCUGUAUUAACCAUUCGCUCAAAUAAUGACCUGAGACGCCUCGCUGUGGGAUCGGGUCCGCGGAAUGCUUCCCCCGCUGGUUUGAUGGGGCUUCUCAGGACCAUGAUGCCGGCCAAGUUCCAGCUCGUGGCUGUCCUGGUGUUUGCUCUCGCGAUGCUCUUCAUCGAGAACCAGAUCCAGAAGCUGGAGGAGUCGAGAGCCAGACUCGAACGCACCAUUGCCAGACACGAGGUGGCAGAAGUGGAGCAGCGUCACAGUAAAGAUGCCGGGCGCGAACUGUCGCCGCCGGCGGAGAACGAAGACGCAGUCAUCAUCUACAACAGAGUGCCCAAGACGGCCAGCACGUCCUUCACUAACAUCGCCUACGACCUGUGCGGGAAGAAUCGCUUCCAUGUGCUGCACAUCAAUACAACCAAAAACAAUCCCGUCAUGUCUCUACAAGACCAGGUGCGCUUUGUCAGGAAUGUCACCUCAUGGAGAGCGAUGAAGCCCGGCUUCUACCACGGCCAUGUAGCUUAUCUGGACUUCUCAAAAUAUGGGGCGAAGGGUAAGCCCAUGUACAUAAAUGUGGUGAGAGACCCCGUAGAACGCCUGGUGUCGUACUACUACUUCCUACGUUUUGGAGACAAUUACAGACCCAGUCUACGACGAAGGAAACAAGGAGACAAAAAGACCUUUGAUGAGUGCGUGUCGUCAGGCGGGUCCGACUGUGCCCCGGAGAAGCUCUGGCUUCAGAUCCCCUUUUUCUGCGGCCACCAUUCGGAGUGCUGGACUGCGGGCAGUAGAUGGGCCCUGGAGCAGGCCAAGUACAACCUGCUGAAAGAGUACCUGCUAGUGGGAGUCACUGAGGAGCUGGAGGAUUUCAUCAUGAUCCUGGAGGCGGCGCUGCCCCGCUUCUUCAAGGGAGCCACGGAGCUCUACAGAACGGGAAAGAAGUCCCACCUGCGAAAGACCACGGACAAAAAGCCCCCCACCAAAGAGACAAUGGCCAAGCUGCAGCAGUCGGACAUCUGGAAAAUUGAAAAUGAGUUUUACGAGUUUGCUCUCGAACAGUUUCAGUUUGUGCGCGCCCAUGCCGUCCAGGAAAAAGAUGGGGAACUCUACGUCCUGGCUCAGAGCUUCUUCUACGAAAAGAUCUACCCCAAAGUGAACUAACAAAAGGUAGCCGGGACAGAGACACAAUUAGAAGUCAUUUACAAUGGGAGCCAGUUUAUCAAGUGAUGCUGGUGAAUGCUUUUUCUCUCCUCGUUUCAGUGCAGAAGUAUCCCCUCCAGACUCCGCAGCGGCCUCUCAGUGGAAUGUGUCUAAUUAUAAUUGUUUUGUUGCGGGAGCAGCUGUUGAGAGAACUUAACAUGGAUGUAAACAGUCAGUCAGAACGGUGAGAAAGAAUUCAAACCCAGAUCGGGGCGGAAUGAGUGCCAAGUGUGAAGCAUCUAAAAAUAACAAAACAUCUUGGAGCAGCAAGAUAAAAGCCUCAAACCUCAAUUAGUUUAAAACCGUAGUUAAAUGUGUGUGUUUCUCUGAUGGGUAACGGAAGCCAUUCAGCUACAUGUUACCCGUGCACACUCCAUUUUUGGUGCACAAAUUCUUGUUUAAAUGUUAAAACUGUAACAAAAACACAAAACAAUCCGAGCUCCAUGUGUACAUAAUACUGUAUUAACGUGUUUAUGGACCAACUAGAAGCAAAAGAAACAAAGAAUGGACCAUUGUCUCCUUUGGUGCGUGACAAGUAUUUUUAUUUUUUUAUCCUUCUCCGAUGUUCUCUAUUUUUGACCUGUUUACCAUCUCAUAUAAGUGCUCAUCACCUUUGUUGUAGCCGCUGACUUGGCCACAGCAGGAGAAGAGAACUAAUGAUAAACAAAUGGGAUGUUUUGAGUCCAGUUUACAGAGGUGGAGGUAAAGCUGAAAGUGCCUUUAUAACGUUAUGGACUUUGUUUUGGGCAUUUAUUUUCCAGUGAUCCCACAAUCACGUUUUCUCCUUCUUUGUGUGUGUGUGUUCCUCUGAAUUGUAGUUCCUGUUCUGCUUCAGACCCCAUUAACAACCAUCCAAACAUGAAUACAUAACUUUCCUGGCUCCUUUCAACAAAUUGCACAACAAUUAUCCAAGGCAGUGUGUCACAGCAUUUAUUUAGCUAUACUGCUGAUUUCCAGUGCCCAUCAUAAAGAAAUGCCUUUCAAAUACCAAA